GCCAAGGAAAUGAUAAAAAAUAAUACUUUUAGCAAAUUGUUAAGUAAAUUGCAGGUAAAGUUAGAUGAAAAAGAUUUUUACGAAGCACAUCAGCUAUAUAAAAUUAUCUAUUUCAGGUAUAUUACUCAACAAAAAUAUGAAGAAGCAAUGCAUUUAAUCAUAGAUGGAUCUAAUCUACUAUUAAAUAAACAACAGAUACCAAGUGGUUAUGACUUAGCCAUGUUAUAUUUAGAAGGUAUAAAAAAGGAAUAUCUACCCUUUGACAAAAUAUCUAUAGAUAAACUUGUUACAAUUUUUAAAUUGUUACCCAAAGAGAGCCUUGAGAGAAACCAAUUUCAAUGUACAUUAUUAGACAUAUUAAAACAAUCAACUUCAAAUGACACUCAAUCACUACUGAAUCUUAUACAUUCUCAGUUUGGUAAAGUUUUAUGGGCAGAAAAGGAUUUUCCACAAGCCAGAUACCAUUUUAUAAGAUCGUCGGAUUAUGAAUCGUGCGCUUCUAUGUUAAUAGAUUACGCAGUCAACUAUGGUUAUCCAAAUGAAACCGACCUUUUUAUAGCUCAAACUGUCUUUCAAUACCUAUGCCUAAAAAAUCAAAAUACAGCACAAAUCGUGUUUUUUUCGUAUGUCAAAAUGCAUCCAGUUAUACAUAAAGACAAUCCACCCUUCCCUUUACCCUUGCUUAAUUUUUUGUGCUUUCUGUUAUUUGCUAUACAAAACAAAGAUAAAUUGACAGUGUUUUCCAUACUAUGUGAUAAAUACGAACGCGCGCUAAAAAGAGACCCAUCAUUUUUCACCUAUCUGGAGAAAAUAGGACAAUUAUUUUUCGGUCUCAAACCUCGCAACUCUUCACAAAAUAGUUUUGGGAUGUUUGAUAACAUAUUUCAAAAUCUUAUGACAAAUUUUCAAGGCAUGGUAGCUCCCCAGAAUCCAAAUAUUCCUGAUAACUUAGCAGACGAAGAUGAAAUGGAUUAACAUAUAAAAUUUUAUAUUUUGUAUAAUUAUUCCCGAAAAAAAUGAUUUUUAAAAUUAGCCUAUAAAUAAGAAAAUAAAUCACAAUUGUAUAUUUAUGGAAAAUGUUUUUAAAAAAAUAAUAAAAUAAAAGGGUAAAAAUAUGCAUUAUUAUUUUGAGAUAUUCAGUUGUAUA